GGGUUAAUGACUGUGUAUAUGUGUGUGUUUAUUUCAGCAACAUAUGAGAGGAUUACUAUGUGAGUCAAUGUAUAAGCCAGUUAUAGUGUAUGCGUAAGCCUCUGUUGAUGCACCGGGGAACAUUAUGCUUCUGGUGUUAUGUACAAGUGAAGCAGAUUACUAUUGCUACCGAGGAACAGACAUAAACAGGCAUCCCAAAACACACGGAUGCAUGUUGAGACUAACACCAUCACUGCAUGUGAGUCUUUCUUUUAAUGCCCUCAACCAAAAUGAUUAGAAAUACUGAGUUACAAUAAUACUAAAUGUAGAUGGGUCUGCAUGUAUGUGUGUGUGUUUCAGAAGGAUGUGUAGUCUGGACGAGAUUCCCUUUAAAGUUAUUCUGGACUGUUUAAAGAUACAGAUGGGCGAGAAGGAUCCUGUUGGAGUUCCUGAAAUUGAGAUUCCAGAUUGCAACCAAAUACUGCGUGAUACUAAGUAUUCAUUUACUCUGGAGAAACGGAUCAUGGCUGCACGCGGAGAACUGCAGCGGAAGAUCAAAAAGGCUAAACAACACCCACAGACUUUGUGUCCCACCUGUCCGCCGUAUUGGCUGAUGUUCAGCAGCCCGCAACAUAGUCCUGCGGGCCGUCCUGAAAACACAGAAUUGUGGGAACUAGGCCCACGUCCACGCAGUUUCAGCCUGAGUGCCGUUGAUUCAAAGAGGCUCCGCCCACUGCGGGCAGUCCAGUUUCUCAUCGCUGAUUCGGAGUGCGAAGGCGGGUAUGGUGAAGAUGACGAGGGUUCAUCCACCGAGGAAGAUGCACCCUGUGGCAAAAGAAGACCACAGAGUUCUGGGCCACACUCUCUCAGACACGUCCAACGAGGCUCCACCCCCAAUUUGCAGACCCGCCCUGGGCCUUCCUCUACACGCCCGAACUCCGCCUCUUCUUUAAAGGACAUACAGAAGGCCCUCCCUCCUGCUGUUAGCCAGACGGCGCAAGGCAGUCCUCAUUCUUCCAGGGCUCCACGCAGGAAUGUUGCUGCGAUGAGAUCCAACGGGCGACGAUACUCAAACGCCCUGUUGCAGAAGAGACCCUCAUCCGCAGGACCACUGCCCUCCACGCAGCAACAAAAACCUCCCUCACAUGGUGUGCGUCCACGGACAUCUGCAGGGCUGCAGGAUGCUUCUGCGGAUCUGCUGUGUGCUUUGAGCAAGGAAGAGAAAGAUCUUCUAGAAGCCGUCACAAAGCACGGAUACACACUUCAUACUGCAAUAAUGGCCCUGCAGAGGACAGGACAGAGAAGUCCUGAUCAGAUUUUGAGUUAUCUGACUUCAUGUGAUCGUCUGUGUCGACUGGGUUAUGAGAAGAUGCAGGUGGAAGAAGCUCUGGAGAUGUUCCAGAACUGUGAGAGCAAGGCUGCAGAGUUUUUGGUUUUGCUUGCUCAGUUUUGCGAGAUGGGUUUUCAACAGAGCACCAUUAAAGAAGUUCUGCUGGUGCAUGAGAACCAUAAAGAGAGAGCUCUGGAAGAGCUUAUGACCCGUAGUGGCUGAGAAGACGCAUGAGGAUCAUCAGCCAUAAACAAUAAUGAAGCAUCAUUUCCAAGAACAAAUAUAUGAAUCUUUAAUUCCAUUAACUCUAAACUGGACGGAUGGAUGGAUAGAUGGAUGGAUGGAUGGAUGGAAAGAAUGAAAAAAUGAAUGAAAAAGUGAACGAGAGAACCAACGAACAAGGACAAAAAUUUAAUUUAACUGAACUGAACUUAAGUUCUGAACUAAAAUAAAUUUAAGUGAACUGAACUUAAUUGAAUUGAAUUGGAACAAGAACUGAAAUUAGGUAAAAUUAACUGAACUGAAUCAAACUGAACUAAAGUUCUGAACUUAAAUUAAAAUAACUGA